UCAACCUGUUUUUUAAAACUGCCCAAGGCUUUCAACUAUCCCCCCAAAACUUUCACCAUCCAUCUUCUCUCUAUGAUGUCUUCAUACAAAUCUCUCCUACUCAUUGCGCUCAUCUCAAGCGUUCUUGCCGCACCUCUCGUCAAUCGUUUCGCCAACGAUGGGGUUAAAGCGAGCUAUUUUGAUGAGAAUCCUCGGAAUUCAAUCGAAACCCGAGAUGAAGACAUGGCCGAAGGGUUAGGCAACCUCCGUACUCGUGGCAAUGAGGUCAACUACGACUUUGCCGAUCUCGAAACUCGAGAUGACCAGGAUAGCGGUCACCAAAGCGACGAGAUAUAUGCUCGGGAUUUAGACAAUUUAGAGGACUCCCCUGACCUCCAGACACAGACCAACGAGGAAACUCACAAUCUCCUGACUCGCGAUUUGGAGCUUAACGACGAGAGCCUCGGUGAGGGUUUUGGAAACGUUAUACUUGCUCGCGACAAGAAGACUGGCGGCUCGAAGACGGGCAGCACAAAGACAGGCAGCACAAGGACGGGCGGAUCCGGCUCAAAAUCCACAACGAGCGGAGUGGACAGGGAGAAGAAGGAGAUCAAGGAAAUCCAAGACAAGCAGAGGACACAGAAAAAGAAGGCAAACGCUGCGGAGGACAGAGAGCGCGUCGAGAUUAGCGAAGCUCGCGAAAGGCAGAAAAAAGCUACAACUGCUACAGAAAAAGACAAGGCUAGGAAAAAGAAGCUUGACGAGCAGAAUGAGCUCAAUGAUGUAAAGAAGGCCAACUCUAAAACAAGAGAGAGUCUUCAGAAACAAAAGGACAAGGAGAAGGCAGAGUUAGCUGAAGAGAAGAGGAAGGCGCAGCAGCGUAAAUCAGGAGGCAGGCCCUAG